AUGACUUCCUGUCCUGUCAAGCCACAGGAAACUAUGGAUAUGAUGUACAUCUCCAUUGAGACAGCGAUUGCGCUGGCCUCUGUAGUUGGGAUUGUUCUGGUGGUGCUGGUGGUGUAUGUGAACCGGUCUCUCCGCAAAGGAACCUUCUGCUUCAUUGUGUCGCUGGCCGUGGCUGACAUCACUGUGGGACUUUUGGUGAUCCCUCUAGCUAUCAUCAUCAGUCUGCAAUAUUACACUCAGUUCUACACAUGCCUCUUGCUCUCCUGCCUGAUACUGAUGAUCACCCAGAGCUCCAUCUUUUCCCUGCUGGCUAUAGCCAUCGACAGAUAUCUGCGAGUCAAAAUUCCCACCAGGUACAGCAUCAUAGUGACUAACAGGCGGGCAUAUGUAGCAGUUUGCCUGUGUUGGAUCCUCUCCUUCCUCACCGGAUUGGUUCCAAUGACUGGCUGGAAUAAUUAUGAUGCACUAGGAAACCUCAGUAGCUCCAGAGAGAUAGUCUGUGAGUUCACCAGUGUCAUAAGGAUGGACUAUAUGGUGUAUUUUAAUUUCUUUGUCUGUGUAGUGCCACCACUGUUAAUAAUGAUGUGUCUGUAUGGGGAGAUCUUUAGGGUUAUACGGAAGCAACUUAACCGCCGUGCUGAGGCCACGUGUGAUGGAGAAAAGUACUUCCGGAAGGAGCUGAAACUGGCCAAGUCACUGGCCUUGGUGGUCUUUCUCUUUGCUGUGUGCUGGCUGCCAAUACACAUCAUGAACUGCAUUACCUUAUUUUGUCCAGAGUGUACACCUCAGUUUGCCUCAAAAGUAGGGAUUUUUAUGUCCCAUGUAAACUCAGCUCUUAAUCCACUGGUUUAUGCAUUCAGGAUGAAGCAUUUUCGUGCCACCCUCAUCCAAAUCAUUCGCCGUUCCAUGCUGGGGAAGAAGAAGAUCUGGAGGCUCCAGAGGACGAGCUGGAUGAAGAACAAGAUGCCUUGCUACACUUCAGCAAAUAUCGUGACACUCAGUUUGAGAAACCGUGGGAGCAGUGGACCUUCAGAGAUAAGGCAAACUAUUACAUGGACCGCAUCUUCCUCGGGUUUUUGUUCACUUUUUUGGUCAUUUUCAUUGUAGAAUGUGGCUAUAAAAUCUGGUAUGUAACAAAUGUGAAUAAGAUUGGGGAGUUUGUAUCAGAUUCAGUGGUCUUUUUGUUCGACUGGCUCUUCACGCAGUUGAGACAGGAGGAGGUGGCUGAAUUGUAGGCUGUUAUGAAUUGGUGAUCGCUUGAUUUUGUCAUUUUUUGUGAGUCUUUUUUUCCUGCAAUGUUUAAAGCAUAUGUGGUAUUACAAAAGAUCAGUACAGAAUUCAGCUACAUCUUAACAAUAUAUUUGUAAUAAUAAUAAUAAUAAUAAUAAUACCUGAACAUUAUUUCUGAUUAUUUGUGAUGUGAUUAAACAUUACAUUAAACUAGCUGUUUCACUGUUCACUGCUAGUUACAUUCUGAAGUUGGUGCAUACUAUUUAAUGAUUUGUAGCAUGUGAUCAUUGUAAUUUUUCCAAACCAACUGUGUAAUUAAAAAACAAUUUCAGCUGUGGUGCAUAAAG